ACAUGGAGCUGAUUGUCGCCUUUUUAAUGAUCCUAGACGGUCUUGGUUUGAUCGAAAAUAGGAGUAAAUUGUCAUGUCGGACCGCAUGCUGAUAUUGUUUGCGCCCCCAAGUGGAGCAAAUUUCCGCACUAAGUAUAUCAUGCUUCUAGCGCUAAACUUGCAUGGGUUUGCCAAAAUCAGGCGAAAAAUAUCCCAUGGGUUUACAUAGGGGUUAUUUGCAGGGUGGGAGGUCCGUAUCGUGAAAUACCGUGACGUCGGCUUUGAAAUGGCCUUCGGCCUCACGAUACGGACCGACCAACCCGGUAAAUAACUUAUUAAUUUUUUUUCUAGCGCCAGCGAAAACAUACCUUAAGCGAGCAGUGCACGCAAAAUAUCAAUUCUCGGAUGUAGGGCAGUAGGAAUCUCCGGACCGCUCUAUUAGCCAAUUAGAAUGCAGGAUUCGUUACCGUGACCACUAAAAGAAAUAAGUUUAAUUGUUAUCUUCAGUUUCAUCACCAUAGUCAUUCGAGAAUUUAAAAAAAAAACAGUGGGGGUACUUGAGGAGGGGAAAAUAAUUUUUUUCAACUUGUUUCUACUCCCCCUCUGAAAAGAAUUUGUGUCCGCCCUCGAGAUCCAAUUCCUUUUAGAUUCUUUGAUUAAGUAAACGAUAAGUUUAUAAUUUCAAAUCCUAUUCAGGCUACGAUUUCCCUUCUCCUUACACAGUGACAUUGCUACACAAAAGUGUAAUCAAAAGCGGCUAGAUUCCCAAACCGAAAGGAAAUUAAUAAAAUGCAAUUUCAUAAACUAAAACUCCGGUGGUCUUAUACAAAUUUCAAUAUAUAUACAAUAUAUAUACAAGUUUCAUUAUCUAUUCUUUUAGGUGCCGUUCUCAAUAUCAAAACUAAUGAAACAACAGUAUACAAAAGUUGUUUGACUCAGAAGUUAUUUGGUAUUCAUGUUUCGAUUAACAUCGUCUUGCUUGAGAUUUGUAGAAGUCGAUAUUUUUGCGCACAUUUGCUCGCUUACCUUAGUAACCUCGCCUUUUUGGCGAAUUGCAAGCGUGUGCACGCACUCAAGCUGUUGCCUGUUAUGUGGUGAAAAGAUACUUGAUAUUUUAUGUUAUGAGGUUAUGAUAUUUUAUGAGGUCAUUCAUCGUUUAUAACGGAAAUGGUUUGGCCAGUGGUACAGUGGUACGCAAAAGGGAAAGGUCUUAAAUUUAAAAUAACUAGCAACGGGUCGUUAUAGCAGAAAUGAAGAUCAACGAGUUUCUUAUACCUAAAAACGACACACAAAGCGUCAGCUGAGACACCCUUCUUUUGUAAUCAAUUCCCCAUCAGCGCUCGAGUCAAGGUUAAAAUGAUUACUAGCAGCAGUUUGUAAGUUAAUAUCAACAGCCUAUCAGUUACCCACUAGUAGAGAAAAAAUAUUGGUUCACUACCUCUUUCACCGGGCCGUGGCAUGCACUGAGAUUACAUCUACUCUAAGGUGAAUCAUACCAUAAGAUAGAAAGCAAUGCUUUAAGGUUCAAACAUUUGCAAUGAAAAUGCAGUAAAUCGUCCAAACUGCAUGAUAUUUAGUAGAUUCGUGGUAGAUACAAUAUUGAAAUGCUUUUACAUUUUACACUGACGAACAGAAAGAAAACAGUUUGAGUUUGCAAUGAAAAUGCAGUGGUACAGUGGUACGCAAAAGGGAAAGGUCUUAAAUUUAAAAUAACUAGCAACGGGUCGUUAUAGCAGAAAUGAAGAUCAACGAGUUUCUUAUACCUAAAAACGACACACAAAGCGUCAGCUGAGACACCCUUCUUUUGUAAUCAAUUCCCCAUCAGCGCUCGAGUCAAGGUUAAAAUGAUUACUAGCAGCAGUUUGUAAGUUGAUAUCAACAGCCUAUCAGUUACCCACUAGUAGAGAAAAAUAUUGGUUCACUACCUCUUUCACCGGGCCGUGGCAUUCACUGAGAUUACAUCUACUCUAAGGUGAAUCAUACCAUAAGAUAGAAAGCAAUGCUUUAAGGUUCAAACAUUUGCAAUGAAAAUGCAGUAAAUCGUCCAAACUGCAUGAUAUUUAGUAGAUUCGUGGUAGAUACAAUAUUGAAAUGCUUUUACAUUUUACACUGACAAACAGAAAGAAAACAGUUUGAGUUAGCGGGGGGUUUUGAGUUAUCUAAGUAUAAACGACUAAAAGGGGAGACUGGUUAGGAAACCCAGCAAACUUCAAAGGACACAUAAACAAAAGGCACUCUGAUGUCGAUCAAACCCAUCACGUGAUCAGAAAGGUGUACAAACCGAGCAUACAUUUAAAGAAAACAUGGGCGAUAUUUAUUUAUACGCGUCGCUUAUUGGUUUAUUUGAAACUUUGUUUUUCUUAUUAGUUUUCUUUUUAUUUUUGUCUUUAUAGUUUUACAUGUUUUAUCGCAAUUGCAAUCUGAUCUCUACAGCCCUAGAAAAUUAAUUUUAUGCAGCCAUGUAUUUUUUGUACAAUUUUUGUAAAUUUCAUAGAGAGGGUGGCCAACUUUCACGCGCUUCGACUUUGCGGUCCCGUACUAUAAUUCAUAAAUUUGAUUAAGAAACAAUGAGUGCGAUCUUUUGUCAUUAUAUGGGAAUGGAAGCAGGCUUUUAAGCAACCAGGAAAGGGCGCAAAAUUGGGGUCUUAAAAAGGGCAUUGAAGAACAGCCAGUGGACUGGUCUCCAGAACCUUCGGUCGUCCGCUGUCAAAACAACCGCAGGCACUGGGUACGAGAUUGUCGUUUUCGCAGAUGGCAGAAAAUGAAUGUGAGACAAGACGCCGAUAUCACUACGAUGACGUCUUCGAGCACAUCCGGUCAUUUGGUCACGUGCAAGUGUUGCUUUAACUGUCAAUUUUCCUUUUGAUCCUUGGGAUGGCAACACAGUAUGGGGUACUGGUGUUUGCCAUGGGAACGCCAAAAUUCUACUGCGUAGACGUGAACAGCACGUGUCCAGAUAAAAAUAUGUGUUGCGCUAGCUGCACGACGUAUGCCUAUGAAAAAGGCCAGUUCACCUCCACGGUUACUGAGGUAAGGUGAUCACGUGAAAAGCACGUUGGACAACACGUGUCCAGAGAAGAAGGUGUGUUGCGCUAACUGUACGUUUAUAAGCAAGGCCAGUUCACCUCCACUAUUACUGAGGUAAGGUGAUCACGUGGACAACACGUGUCCAGAUAAGAAUGUGCAUUGCACUAACUGCACGACGUAUGUUUAUGAGGAAGGCCAGUUAAUCCUUACUAAGGUAAGGUGAUCACGUGGAGAGCACGUAUUCAGGGCGAAGGUCGUAUGCUUAUGAGGAAUCUCACUUUACUUUCAGUGGAAGCUGCUGAGUGAAAUCUCACUUUACUUUUAGUGGAAGCUGCUGUGUGAAAUCUCACUUUACUUUCAGUGGAAGCUGAUGUGUGAAAUCUCACUUUACUUUCAGUGGAAGCUGCUGUGUGAAAUCUCACUUUACUUUCAGUGGAAGCUGCUGUGUGAAAUCUCACUUUACUUUCAGUGGGAGCUGCUGUGUGAAAUCUCACUCUUUCAGUGGGAGCUGCUGUGUGAAAUCUCACUUUACUUUCAGUGGAAGCUGAUGUGUGAAAUCUCACUUUACUUUCAAUGGAAGCUGCUGUAUUAAAUCUCACUUAACUUUCAGUGGGAGCUGCUGUGUGAAAUCUCACUUUACUUUCAGUGGAAGCUGAUGUUUGAAAUCUCACUUUACUUUCAGUGGAAGCUGCUGUAUGAAAUCUCACUUUACUUUCAGUGGAAGCUGCUGUGUGAAAUCUCACUUUACUUUCAGUGGACGCUGCUGUGUGAAAUCUCACUUUACUUUCAGUGGAAGCUGCUGUGUGACCGCGCCUACCUUGCAGCCACAAUCCAGUCUUUUUACUUCGCAGGGAUGUACUUUGGCGCCCUCACCGGUGGAUGGUUGGCAGACAACUUUAGAAGGAAUUCCACUAUGUUUAUUGGAACUAAAGGAAUGGCUCUCGCUUCACUGGGCUCCUCAUUCUCUGACGCCAUCUCGUUGCUUCGCUUCAUCGUCGGCUUCUUCCAGAUGGGUGUAAAUGUAACAUAUUUUGUCUACGCCAUCGAGAUCUUGGGGCAGAAGCAUCGCACUCUCGGAGGACAGCUCGCCGGCUUUCUCUGGAGUAUCGGGUACUCGGGCACGGCUCUCUUUGCGUAUUUAAUCAGAGAUUGGCGGAUGCUGAUCAUUGCUGUCAGAGUCCCUGGGUUGAUCUUCGUUCUAUUGUGGAGAAUUUUCCCCGCCACUCCCCGCUGGCUCAUCGCUCACAACCGGCUAGACGAAGCAUACUCCGUCUUGCUCAAAUUUGGAAGCAAAGACUCUAAACCUAUUGACGAGCAAGCGCUUAGAGAGCUGAUUGAAAACGUUAGACAAGACCAACUGGAACGGCACAAAGUGGACGACAAAAGAUACACGAUGUUGGACUUGGUGCGAACACGGAAACUCAGGAAGAGGUCGUUCAUCCUUUUCUGCACUUGGUUAGUAUGUGCGAUUGUUCACUUCGGCCUCUUCCUGUACGUGACGAGUAUGCCAGGAAACCUGUACAAUAGCUACGUCAUGAAUAUCAUCACCUUCCCGAAAUCUUUGGAAAUGGUCUUCAUCAUGAACAAAGCACUCCGUAAUCAUAACAGUGUUCGCCAUUCUCGGGAAGUCGUUCAUGAGUGUGACGUUCAUGAACGCGUUACUUUAUGGCACUGAGCUUUUCCCAACUGUCGUCAGGUCUAACGCCCUUGCUUGCGGUACCAUGAUUUCAAGGCUUGGCGUCAUACUGACCCCAUACAUAGCAAUGCUGGGGCAAUUGCCAAAUUACGGCAUGUACGUUCCUGCUACCAUGUUUGGUGUUCUGACGCUUGUUGGGGCGAUCAUGUCGCUAUGGUUACCAGAGACGCUGUUCGCCAAGUUAUCUCAGACGGUGGAGGAAGCCGAGGCGGCCAAAGAGGACUUCUCCGUCAUCUGCUGGGGACAUCACAAGAGACGCAAGCGAGAGGCCGAGGAGGAAGACCUGGGCGAUGACUAUAUCAAGGAUACUGAGCUAUAAAUUCACAGUGCAGCGCGCGCUACAAUGGUAACCUUGACAUAAACCAAUCAGGAUGCAAGAAACAUUUCCUGGUUGACAUGAACAGUCUUCUGUUUAUUCGUGAGAUCGGUGUGUGUUUUUAUCGGCGUGACUUUUUCUCUCUCUGUAAUUUGACAAUAAAACGGGGACAGACUUGGCGCCCGAGCCUCCCAACAUGCAUCUUGGGAAAUAAAUAGUUUGUCACUUCGUCAUGUGACUGUUUCUUUAGCACAGGUAUCCCAGUCUCUGUAUUUGCCCGUUCUGUAUAAAGCGAUAUACAGUAGUUCAGUGUUAAAUUUGUGAAUUACUUCGUAAGAAUCAUGAAGCUAUUUUUACUUUCGCUUUAAAGCUCCUCUUUGAUGUUGCUUAUCUCAACUCAUCUGAAUUCCACGAUAAUUAGAAUCGAUGGAGAAACAGAAUUUAAAGUAUUUGAGUAUUUUGAACACAAUACGUUCCGGGCUCCAGGCUGCGUCUCUAUUCUACGUCACACCCUGCAUUGCCUGAUGUCGUGAUUCAAGGUUUCCUUAAGGUUGGUUCUCACUAGGACGCAAGCGUAAGCGCAAACGGAAGCGCAAGUGAGAAUCGGUCAAACACAAGCGCAAGCGCAAGAAAAUCAAGCAGUUGAGUUCUUUUGCGCUUCCGCUUGCGCUUAUGUUCUAGUGAGAAUCGGGAAACUACGUGCCUUCCGUUUGCGCUUACGUCCAAAUGAGAACCAACACAGUGUGACGGACAAACGUCACACUGUGAACUCCGUUAUGCGUGAAGUUGAGCAAUAAAGCAAUGCUUAUGCUAAUUGAAGCUUCUCAAGCCGAACUCUUGUUUAAUUUUAAGACAAAAGUCCACUCGAUUGAAUCGCCUUUCGACACACUCCAAGUUACUCACACGAAAUCCGAACUUUUUCCGGACAUGACGUCACACUGUGGACUUCGUUAUGCGUGAAGUUGAGCUUCAUAAAGCAAGGCUCCACUGCUUAUGCUAAUUUGAAGGUCUUCAAUUACUUCUCCAGCUACAAUCUUGUUUGCUUUAAGACAAAAGUCCACUCGAUCGAAUUGCCUUUUGACACACUCAAAUUUGGACACAAGGAGCUCGCAAAAGGCGCAAAAUAAGAGUGGAAAAAUGGCGAUGAACGCUCUAGACGCCGGUACUAUCACAGCAUGUGUGCUAGCCCUAGUCCUCCUCCUGCUUUUUACCACUUACACGUGGUUGAAGUGGCGACGACGGGAGCUACAGCGCAUGCGUCGUCCACAAGAAACCGUUUGUACGAAGCAAAAUCCUAUCUUCGAGGAAGAGAUGCAGAAUAUUGACGAAAAGCCGGCUCAUGAAAACUUACAAGCUAUGGGGCACAUGGCAGGGUCUAUAUCUCUUCUUAACAAAACCGCUGAAAAAGAAUUCUACCCGAAGCAUACACAAGCGACUCCACAGCUAUCCCAUGCACAGGUUUAUAACCCAAAGGAGUCUUCCAUAUCAUCCAAAAUGGACUUUACCCGCUCGCCUGAAAGAGACCACAAACUAUCCCAGUCAUCUUACCAAGGAAGCCCUGAACUACAAGAGAAAGACGGACGUGUAUCGACUUUUCUAUAGAUCCGGGCAAAGUUUGUUUUUAGAAAGAAUUCAGUAGUACCUCCAUUGUGGUUUACGUAUACCAGGAUGCACCACGCGCAUGGUUGCUGCUUGUAUAUUAGACAUUCACAAAUGUCGUUGUAGUUAAGAGAGCGCCAAUUUGAGUGGCACGAAGAACUAUUUUGGAUUUAUUUUUUAUUAUCGGUAGCGUCACUUAUUGCUACACAAGCUUUUACAUUAAUCGAUUUUGUACUAACAUAGACAUCCUAUUCAUCAUAGCGUCUUAAAACACGCACAAAAAAAGGACUCGGGAGCAUCGAAUUAAAUUUUUAGCCGUAUCAAACCCUAAAAAAAACUGAACAAAACGAUUCUUACUAGAAAUAAAAGACUCACGGCGUAUAAAGGUUUUUCCUUUUCCAUUUAUUUUCAAAAUUCAUUUUAAUCGCAGCAAGUUAUCCAGCAGGUUGUCAUUGAAUUUUCCGAAGUUUUACACGUCUAAAGUACAACUUGUACUUUUGUAGCUUUGUUUGUUUGUUUGUUUUUGUUUUUGUUUUCCAGCGCGCGCGGUACAAUUCGCGGCGGGACCGUGGGAUGCGACCGAAUAUAAUUGGAGCGUUCAACUUUCUAUGAAGCUAUCUAAAUAAAAUAAAAUUAAGAUUUCUAAA